AUGUCGUCACUUAUUCAUGGAAAGUGUAAUACUGAAAGUUUUCUCUAUAUAAUAGACCAUGUAGUAUCGCGGAGUUGGAAUCAAGCUUUGAUUUUCACCCCAGGUGAUGCUCAGAGUCAGGGUUGCACCUGGAUGUUACUGCAUCUCAUCAAAUGCUUAGGAAUCAAUGGAGUCGCGAUAGCUCUUAACGUUCAAUCAAGACCACAUUAUCAUAACAACAUUGGAGUUAUUAUUUUAACACCUGAAAUCCAAAAUAAAACUGUGCUAUUGGAACAAAUCAAAAAGUUAAACAGUUGGGAUUUAAAUACAGCUUCUUCAGACUGGUUGAUUAUAGCAAAAUCACUGAAUGACCUCACAUUUAUUAAUCGUGUAUUGAACGCAACAGAGUUACGAUAUGAUCAAAAUAUGGUCGUCGCCUUCCCUAGUAAAAUGCAUCGCGGCCAUCUUGAAAUUUGUAAAGGAAACUUCGAAUACCAAAUAACAAGGAAUAAUCAGCAGAACUAUUAUGAGAACGGAAAACUCGAUAACUGCUCAGAACUUAAAAUACGAUCUCGAAAGUGUGUUGAGAAUGAGGUUGGAGGUCGGUGGAGGUAUGAGGAUUCCAUGUCUUUUGUUCAAAUGCCGUACCCCGUUGAAGCUCGUAACCUCCUAGGAGAAGAGUUAAUAAUAGGUCGAUGUAAUUACACAUCUGAUGAACAACCAGCUCCUGGGGAAGAUGGGUCGUCUGCUCCAGAAUUGUUAGAUGACCUGCUGUAUUUUCUUACCGUGCGGCUUAAUGCAACGUCAACGAUUCGAUAUUAUAAUAAACUGGGAUUUCGUACUUAUGAAGGGGCGUGGUCAGGAUUGCUUGGAGCACUGUUGGAUUACACGGUGGAUAUCGCCCUGGAACCCGUAACUGAACAAGUGUCGUGUCAGCAAGAGAUGGACUUUAUUUUUCCAAUAGCGGAAACUAUGUACAACAUUUACAUUCGUAAUCAAGAAACGUCGUCUGUUCGAGAUAUCUUCCUAGCACCGUUCAGCACUCGCCUACUAGUUUGCGUGGCUUUUGUUAUAAUUAUGGCUGCAUUAGUCAUUGUGAUAAUAACAAACAUAUCAAGAUCACUAUUGAGGACCAAAUCGCGUGCAAUGACUUGUACAGAAGCUUUGAUAUGGUCAACGGGAAUUUUGUGCCAACAAGGCGGUACGUGGACUCCUAAGAACCCAGCAGCAAGUAUCUUGCUUAUUGUAUGUCUAUUUUUCGGCCUUAUUACAUAUAAUGCGUAUGCAGCAUUUAUAACAUCGGUGCUGUCAGUCCGAGCAGCCAAUGUGGGAACUGUCGCUGAUGUCUUGCAGUCGCCUAAUAUGAAAAUCGGUUACAUCAGAAAUGGGGCUGAUCAAAUAUAUUUGAUGUCAACGAAAGAUGUGCAGUUGAAUGCUUUUUAUAUUAGGGGUUAUUCGGAAGCCGAGAACCUUGUGUCGUCACCAGAGGAAGGACUCGAGCGUGCUGCAAGUCAAGACUAUGCGUUUUUUGCCGGACAGCGUGCAGCGCGCUUAACUCUGAUGUCAUUGAGCCAGGCACGUGGAAGGUGUUUAUUGCGAGAGCUUCCCGUUCAUUCCACUCGAUCUCAACUGUCGUUUCCUUUACCCCGGGGCUCACCUUACUCUAGACCGAUCCUGCUCAGCUUACUACAGCUGCGGAGUGGUGGAACCUUAUCAAGGCUGACUUCAAGUUUGGUGCCUGCCCUGCCACAGUGUGCAUCACCUUCAGGGUUUGCAAGUGCAAGGGCAGCUGACGUUCAAACGGCUUUCGUGGUCAUCAUCACUGGUUUGACGGCUUCGCUUUUUGUCGGGCUUGGAGAGUACUGCUGGAAAAACCGAAAAGAUAAUUGGCACCGUAUACAAAAUUAUUGUAGUCAAUUCUUUGAAUUCUUUCGAUAA